CUCAUGCUCAUUUUGGACGUGAAGACCCGUUGGUUGUCAACACAUCAAAUGCUUCGCCGUGCAUUGGAUUCCCGAAAGGCUAUCAACGACUUCAUGGCGAAGACACGUGAACUACGACAAUAUGAACUUUCUGAUGAUGAUUGGCAUGCGAUUGAACUAGUGACGUGGUGGCUGAAGGCAUUCCGGUCAGCAACCACUCAAAUGUCAACAACCAAGCGCCCAAUGUUAUCUUCGGCUCACGCUAUAUUUCGAGGCCUUGAGGAGUCGCUUUGGGAUGAUUUAGCUAAUCUUCCAGACACAGCCCCAACAAAGAUACGGCUCGCUUUGAUCAAUGCACAUCGGAAGCUCAGCGACUACUUCUUCAAGAUUGAUGACUCGCCAUACUAUGUCUGGGCUUCGAUUCUCGAUCCCCGCAUCACUUACAAAGGUCUCCGCGACGAC